UGUCGCUCCGAAACGGAAUUCGCCCUUACCAACAGCAGCACGAUGACGUCAUCGACUCGGUUCAGUCCUGUGAAUUUCCAGUCAGAGCUGGAAACGAGCUCAAGCUAUUGAUUAUCGGAGCGGCUUGACUUGAAAGCUGUUACACAGAUUUACACUGAACUGACAGACUCCUCUUAAACAGGUGGACGGUGCUGAAAAAAAAUGAAUGCACACAGGGAAAUUCGUUCUUUACAUAUCCCAACUUUGGAGGUUGGUGUCAGAGGACAGGAUCAGUCAUGAUGCAGUGCCCCUGGAGUGAAGAGGGUUGAGAGCUUUGCUCAGGGGCCCAGCAGUGGCUUGGCAGUACUGGGGCUUGACCCUGAUCUUCCGAGCAACAACCCAGAGCCUUAACCUGUUUGAGCUACCACUUCCCCCACUUGUCAAGGUGAUACGAACCAGCCAAUGGCAGAUGACAUAAGAGAGCAUAAACCUAAGGAAAGUAAAAAAGGUGUAGAAGCAGACAGUAAUAAUUCUGAAGAAGAAGAGGAGCAUCAAACAGAUGAUGAUCAAGAAGUAGAUGAAGGCAUAGAUGAAAGGAGUCAAGACAAGGACUGUGAUCUUACGUCUUCGGAAAUAAACCAGAGUGUAAAGAGCUCACAAGAGAAGCAUAUUAAAAGACUGGAUACUGAGCAACCUAAAGACACUGACACAAGAGUGCAUAACCAACAGAAGGAGAGUAAGAAAGAUAUAGCUGGAGCCAGUCAGUCUGAUGCGGAAAGAGAGGCUUAUGACACAUCAGAUGGAAAGCAUAUCAAGUACAGCAAAGUCAAGAAUGAAACCAGUGAAGUACUAAAUGCUGGGGAUGGCCCAAGACAGAGAUCGUCAAAUAAGAAGCAAAACAUAGCACAUCUGGGCAAAGGUGACAUUCCUGGACAUGUUGUUAAAACCAAAAGGAGCUCAGUUGCUGUUGAUACUUCCCACUCACGCACAGGAUGGUACAUAUCACUGGCGAUAUUACCUUCUCUUCUUCUUGUUGUGGUUUUGUGGUUUGGAAGUACCUCACCUCCACCCAAACCAGUAGAAAACUUGUUGGAGAGGUUCUAUCAAGAAAUGGAGAAGGUCAAAGACAGUUUCCCCAGCCAGCGCAAUGAACUGUGGCGAAGAAGCAGAAUCCAUCUACAGAAACAUCUCAAUCUGACUGAUCCAACUGAACCUGUCAGUCUCAUCCUAACCUCUGGUCGUGAGGCUGAGAAGACUCUGGGCUGUCUGGCUCAACGGUUAGCUACAGCAUUUUCUAGUGUUUUUAACUCCUCAGUCCUGGGUAUUGAUGGAACCAGCAAAAGUGCACAAGACAGUGAUGAGGUUAAGAUGGACAUUGAUAAAACACUGAAAGAGGCCUUUAUGGGUGGCACCAAAACAGCUGUUAUUCACCGUUUUGAAGAGCUUCCUCCUGGAUCUACACUCAUCUUCUACCGCUACUGUGAUCAUGAGAAUUCUGCCUUUAAGAAAGUCUUUUUGGCUUUCACUGUCAUGCUGCAGGAAGAGGUGGAUUUUCCACCUAAUGCCAAUCUGGGAAUGGUGGAGGAGAUGGUGCAAGAGUACUUAAAAAAGAAGUUUGUGUCCUCUGACAGGACUGCUAAGUUUAACCAGAUGGAUUUAGACAAACUAAGUGGGCUGUGGAGUAGAAUCUCCCAUCUCAUCCUACCGGUAGCUCCAGAGCAGAAGAUCGAACAGCAGGGAUGUCAAACAUAAAGGCUUUGUAGGAACUGAACUGGAGGCUAAUUAUAUAAAUCUACAGAGAUCUACUGAUUCGUGUGUGUGUGUGCGCGCGCGUGUGUAUGGUUGUGAGAGAGAGAGAGAGAGAGAGAGAGAAACUGAUAAUACUUGAAUUCGUUUAUAAAUAUUCCUUAAGCUGACAGGUUAUGGUUCAUUUAUAGUUCUUAAUGAUGCAUUUUAAAAAUUCAUUUGGAAUCUUGCAUUACCCUAAAAAGCACCUCACUUGGCAUAUGAAGUUUCAAAACAUUGGGUGGUGUUGGGAUCAUGUGGUUGUGUAAUCAAGUCUUAAUCAAUUUAUAUUGCACUUCACCUUGCAGACAGCAGUGAGCUCAAAAAAUUACAAAUGGCACUCUAAAUGGACUUCUAAAUGUUUGAGCAGUCAGCUGUCUUUAUAUGUAAAUGACAUGAAUAUUUUUUGAAAUAAAAGAAUGAACAUUUUAA